UAUCUGUAGAUAUAGCGGACAAGGUUUAAGGAAAACUCGAAAAAAUAUUGUUGGUCGGUACGAGUUGCAUUGACAUUGUUAGAAAGAACGUUUGCCAAACAAUGCCAAUUUCAUAUAUUUAUACUAUGUGUUUUAAGUUAGAACUAGCCUUUAGAUUAUCCCAACUUAUCUAACACAGCUGAUGGAACAGGUAAUAUUCGACGUAACUUACCCAUUGUACGUUUUAUCUCAUGUUACUAUAGCGAUUUUUAUUUGUAUGUAACGAGCAAGGUUAAAAAUAUCCGCAUGGUAAGGUUAAAUAUAAUAAAAUUCCGACAAUUCCAUCGGUUAAUUCCACCUUAACUCCAAAUAUAAUACACUGAUCAACGUUCCUUCGUUAAACGCCUGUUAUUUAUUGCUACGUGUUAUCUACGUGGAGCACACACUGUCCAAACAAAUGCGUGUUUUUAGGCAGAAAUUUGCCAUAUAAAAAUCACGAACAUCGGUGCCUUCACAUUAAAAGCAAAAACGCGCUGGGAACCUGCUAACCGAACGAAUAUUCUCAACGAAAGUCAUCAUGCCGCCAUACGUCGUAGCUUUCUUACUUGUCGUUGUGGUUCUCGCUGAUUGCUCGACUGCAACCGCAUCAGUUUGCUCAACAAACGAAGAAUGGAUUCGUUGCGGACUGUCGUGCGAACCAAGUUGCGACGAUAGACACCCGAAUAUCACAAACCCCUGUCCCCGCAGUUCCCGCAGUCGCCGUAGUCUACGUAUUGAACUUUUUCCAGGCGGUCCUGGUCCCGUAUGCGUUUCCGGUCCCAGCUGUCAGUGUGUCGGAGGUACUUUACGAAAUGAAGCCACUAACGAAUGUGUGCUACCGGAAAACUGUCCAUAAGUAUUUGCACAAUUUAUAGUCAGUACUUAAAUACAUAUUCAUAUCGACUAGUUAUUAGACUAACGAGUUUGUAGAGCAUGUUUCAAAUGGAAAUA